UUGUUUUUCGGGAACUUAACGGAAACCGUGCCCGAGAAAGUAUUUAAACAAGUGACUGUAGGGAAGAACGAGGAGACUCGAUAUCCCAGAAACAGGCGCAAAAUACAAAGAAAAAGGUUCUUCGUUUAAUUAAGUUACAUCUUAAUUUUUUUUCAAUUUAGGAAGAGUCGUCUUUGCCUGUCUCAACCUACUUCGGUGAAAGUUAGUUUGUUUCUGCUAUGAAGCGGCAGUCCCAACUGGAUCUAAUCACUGAGUUUAGGAAUUGCUUCCUGCAGGCAAACAGCACCUCUUUUGGACCCAGCUCUAUGACGCAGAGUGAACCGAUUAAUUUUUAACUGAGAGCAGGAAAAGAGUUCAGUGACAGAAAACUUGGGCAACCCAGCAGCGCCCGCAACGCGCUAGUUAACACGGGGCAAUACUGACCUGAGAAAUCUUCGGAGGACUUCAACGCACUUUUGCCUCCGAAUCGAGUACGGAAAACCCGCCAAACCUCACCCCCCCCCCCCCCGCCCCGCCCCAAAAUUGAAAAGAAAGUUCGCUGCGAUGUGCCCUGGUCUCUUCACUCGUUGACGAGGACGGUUUGCGUGGGUGACAUGUGAAGGUCCAGUUGAACAUGGACCUCCAAGACUUGCCCCUGGAUGGAUCUCACGCUCCUCGCCAAGUGAUGCAGCCGAUUGGUGGGAUGCUCAGUGGACCUUGUUGGGACCGUUAUAUUUCUCCUGCAGGAGCAUUCUGCAGGGAGCGUUAAGCGGCCACGUAUCCAGAGAGCCUGGACACACAGAGCUAAGGUAGCAGCCUCCCCCCUGUUUUGGGGGGGGGGGGGGGGGUGUACUGAGCACUGACUCGGAUCCGGCUGUUUCUCAAACAAGUUCCGUGCCAUGGAGGAGUGAGGGAGGGACGGUGCAGGGCAGAGGGGUGCGGAUUGCUGUCGACAUGGGUCCCCGCCUGGCGCUGGCUCGCUGUCUCCGCUUGCGGUGGCCCCCACGGCCGGUGGUGCUAGCGCUGGCAAUAGCUGUGUGCCUGGUUUACCCAUCACUGACAGUGUUCCGCCUCCGAACGGGCAGCCUGCUGCUCAAACCGCCUUCCUGGAUUCAACCAACACAACUGACAGCAGACAGCGAGCCGUUGGGAUGGAGCCCCAGCUGCCUACCUGCAUUGGAUGUACCACUGAAACUAACAGAGAUUGAACCUAAUGCCAUUAAUCACAAAAAAACAGUUGUGCUACGAGGCUAUAAUUCCAUUAGUGCAUCUGACCUUCGACUAUAUCAACAAAUUUUUGUACAAUAUGGUUACGAACUUGUCCUAUCUCCAGAUGUUAAUGGAAGUUCAAGUUACAAAGAGGGCUACAAAUAUAAUGGAGCUGAGCAUUGGGACUUGCUUAUUUGUUUUACUUCAAAUAAGCUCAAUGGUAACAGAUGCCUUCAAAAAGAAGAGUUUGCACAACUUCAGCUUCAUCAGAAGGUAAAUAAAAUCCCAGGUUUAGAACGUACACUUUGCAGAAAAGAUGGCUUCUGUCAGAUUCUGGAGAUUGCUCGAAGAUUGCCAGUCCUGCAACCCUUAGCUCUUCCAUCUAGUUGCAUAGACUAUUAUGUGGAACCAAAAACAAUCAGCAACAGGAUUGGGGUUGGAAACUCAUUCUCUCCAGAUGGAAGCAUCCCUCCUCUAAAGCUUCAAGAUGUAGACAAUGAAAUUGAUGUGAAACAGUACACAGCACUUUCAGGAAAGUCACAGGCUGUUCCUAUAGAUGGUCUUUCUGCAAUUCUUAAAGUGUAUGUUUUAGUGACAUCGCUGUCUCCCCUACGAGCAUUCAUUCAUUCAACAGGACUUGUCCAAAGUGAACCCAAUAAGAAGUUCUUUGUAUCCAAGCUUCGAGCAUAUUUUGAAAAAUACUCUGGAACGAGCGCUUCAGUACAGGCCUAUGAGAACAUGAAAAUGUUAAUUACGCAACUUCUAUUAAUUGCCGAAGUAAAUAUUGAAUCUUCCACUAGAAGUCAAGGAACAUCAGAAAGAUGUUGUUCAUGUUUUCAGCUGCUGGCCUUUGAUGUUGGCUUUGGUGCAUCUGCCUACCCUGUGAUUGUUGAGGUGCACCAACAACCUGUCUUUGAAGCAGAUGACAAUAUAGCUUUUGCAGAUCGCAUCACUAAAGACUUCAUACUGGAAGAUACUUUCAGGCUGUUGCUAUCUGGCACUUCUGCACUGGGUGAAAUAUAUGAAGCUUUAGAAAAUAUACAUCGAUCUGAAAGAUUGAAGAAUCACAGCCAUUUCCAGAAACAUGAGCUUUGUCUGACUCCAAGAGCUAUAACAGCCAUUGUUAAUUUUCAAAAGGAGUUCAAAAGUCAAGGAAAAUUUGAAUUGCUUUACCCAUCCAUUAAUCCAGAAUACCAAAAGAUGUUAUAUGCACUCCAUCACAAUUUUGAUUACGCAUCUAAAACACAAUCUGUGUUUGCUCAGCACCUGCUAUUUUCAAUGCUACAUGACCAGUUUCAAGCAUCAAAUGUGCAGAAGAGUUUGAAUCAUUUCACAUGGGAUCAAACUAGAGCAAUAUCUUCUCACUCAGUUGAAAAGUUUGACAACAACAACAAAAUAGGUCAGUACAGACAAAAGAACUGCAGUACAGCUAAACAUACUCUGGCAUACAUUACACACAUCUUCACCAGCCCACAGUUGAACUUGAAUCCUGUCUUUACGCCAAAGAUCAAAGUGUACUAUUCUGAAGUGCCUUUUGAUGUGGUGAUAGUGAAGAUCAGAGCAGAAGCAGCCAAUUGCCACUGCCAGGUACACUUGGAUGAGAAAAAAGGACCCAGCAUUGCCAAUUAUCCUCUUGGCCUUGGAAAUAACAGAAUCCAUAUAUUAGUAUCAGAUGAAUCUCACAAUCAACCGACCAUUGUAGCAACAUAUACUGUCAAUGUUUACAGACACAGCCGGCCCAGUCUGCCUGUUCUUACGGAGGCUACAAUGUGCAGUUUUGUGCAGGACUGUGAAUUGAUCAUUCGGCCUGAAGAACCUUGUGGCAUUCAGCCAGUGUCAAGCCGUUACUUCACAGCAAUUUCUCAGAUGCAGCUUCAGAACUGCAAGACAGGCGAUGCCAAGGGACAGUGGGUUGUCCCUUGUCUAAGCUGCUCAGACAACCAAACUUGUGAUUGGCAGAAGGCACGAUGGCAGCCAGAAAAAUGUCAACACCUUACACCGACUAAAAGUCAACUUCAGCAGUGUAUGAAUGGAAGGAAGGUUCUUUUUAUUGGCGAUUCAACUAACAGGGGAAUGAUGUAUUAUCUUAUGGAAGAAGUGAAUGAAACUCUUCAGGAAUGGGAUAAAGCUCAUGACACUAAAUUCUAUCCCAAUUUAAAUGGAGGAAAAACAUUCACUAGUUAUGCUUAUUAUCCCCAAUUCUGGCUGAAUUUAAAGCAAAGACCUACAUUUGAAAAUACUUUGGAACAACUUAUUCAAAGGUCACAUCCUUUAGAAAACAAUGAUCAGACAGUUCUGGUUGUAGGUGGCGUUCAAUGGUUAAACACAUAUCAUUUGCACACUAUACAAAAGGUUUUACAAAGAGAAAAGUUGUUAAAUAUUCUUGUAAUCGUAAAAUCUAUAGGAAUGGGAUUUCACCUGCCAGUGGAUGGAAUCAGAUCCUUGUCUUUGAAUGAAGUACAAAACUUGUGGAAAGAAAACACAGAAAUACUUUCUCAAGCAAAAGACUACGGUUACGAUGUUAUUGAUACAUUUAGCAUCACUAUGGGACGCCAUAAAGAAUUUCUUCAGGGAAAGUGUGCAUGUCAUUUUCAUGAGGUAGAUAAGUUUGAAUUUUCCCAAACAACAAUUCACAGAAAAAUAAGACACACAACCUACUCCUUUGGGGGAAAAGGCACUUCAAGUCGUAGCAAACAGUCAGUGGUACAGGACAUUUUACCUGUUUUAAAAUCACACUAUCAUGUCACUGGUCCAAUAAACCAGGCUUAUUCAGAAAUUUUUCUCAGCAGAGUCUGUGUGAACAGAUUGAAUAUUAUGACCCCUCAGCUAUAAAAAAUGGACAGUUUUAAGAUUUGCUGUUUCCCUGGAGAUCAGUGCAAAAUACCACACGGCAUGUAUUCAUUUCUCUCUUAUUGGCUACGAAUGUUACCAUCAAAGACAUGUGACACGUUUUAAACCUUUAUGAAAUCAAUAUGUGCCCCUGCAAAUUUGAGGUUUCGAAUGGCAGAUGGAAAGCCUGAAAAUUGAUGUAACUUAUUGUCUGGCCAGAUGAAUUGCAUAAGCAGCUGUAACUGAAACAAAGUAUUUUACAGAGGAUUAAGCUACACAAGAGACUUGAAGUCCUUAAGUAAGCCAGUUAAUCCUUUUGGUGCAAUAUUCAUUCACUUUCUGCACUAUUAUUGUGAAAUCAGUUAUAUGACAGUAUUUCUGAAUAAGUUUUAUUUUUAUAUGUAUUGUUCACUUGGAACCACAUUCCCUAGAUAUCGCUGAAGAUAUCAAAUUAUAUAUACCUCACAUUUCCUGUAUUUAUAUUGCCUUUUUUUUUGCUUGCAAAAGUAGUUUAGGAUAAAAACCUGCAUUCUCAAUGUCUUAUUAUUUUUUACACACAGAGAUGUUUUAUGUUUACAAAGUUUUGAUAUUUUGUAUAUCUACUUUUAAUAAUUUUUAUAUGCAUUUAUAAUGUUUUCUAUGAAAGUUGACAGUGCUUAAGCACCUGGUACGAUGGAAGGUAAAUGUUUUGUGAUACAGGCAUACAGUGAACAUCAUUACAUUUGGAAAAUUGGACUAAAGAAUAUAAUUUGUUUUUAAAAGCCAGUUAUAAUCACUUUGUGGAUUUUAUCAUGGAUCUUUUUACGUAACUGUAAAAAUAACUUGUUACAUGUUGAAUAAACAAGUAUAUCUCUCUGUCAUUGC